AGUGCGCAAGCGCGCAAGCGCGCAACAUCUCGGUUUCCCUCCCCUCAGCCCCUUACCCCCCCUUUCCCCUUCACGAAGCCGGCUCCGGGGCGCGCUCACCCCUGUGAGGAGGCCGGAGGCCGACUCGGCAGGCGCUCUCUCCACUCCCGGAACAUCAUGUACCAGUCCUGCCGGGCGACGGCCCGGCGUCUCGGCCCCUGCCUCCGCGCCUACCAAGCUCGACCCCAGGACCAGCUUUCUCCAUGGGCACUACCAUUCCCCCCACUUUGGCCCCACUCCACGACAACCACUCCUCCACCUUCUCCCCUCCUCUGGUCUCCCCUACCCCCAUGCCCAUCCACUCGGCCACUUCCCCAGACCCCCUCACUACCUCUCCCUCAGGUCCAGGCCCUCACUUCACCAUGGGUGGUUCUCCCUCCAGGAAAUGGGGAGGAGGGACCAGGACCUGAGUUGCACAGGGGCUGCCUGGAUGGGCUUAGAAGCCUCUUUGAGGGACCUCCCUGCCCCUAUCCUGGGGCUUUGAUACCCUUUCAAGCCCCUGGGACCGCCCACUCUUUCCCUGCCACACCAUCAGGGGAUUCCGGUAUGGAGGAGCACCUGGCUGUCAUGUAUGAGAGACUAAGACAAGAGCUUCCCAACCUCUUCCUUCACUCCCACGACUAUACUCUCUACUCAUCGGAUGUGGAAUUCAUCAAUGAGAUCCUGAACAUGCGUACCAAAGGCCGGACAUGGUAUAUUCUGUCACUUAUCCUCUGCCGUUUCCUGGCCUGGAACUACUUUGCACAAUUUCGGUUGGAAGUCCUACAGCUGACCCGCCACCCUGAGAAUUGGACCGUGCAAGCCCGUUGGCGGCUUGUGGGGUUGCCCAUCCAUAUGCUGGUUCUGCGUUUCUACAAGCGUGACAAGGGUGAGCUUUACCGGACCUAUGAUGCCUAUUCUACCUUCUACCUGAAUUCAGAUGGCCUCAUUUGUCGCCAUCACCUAGAUAAACUGAUGCCUUCACACUCACCCCCGACACCUGUGAAGAAGCUGCUAAUGGGAGCCCUGGUGGCCCUGGGACUGUCAGAACCAGAACCCAGCUUACACCUGCAUACCAAGGCCUGAUGGGGAACCAGGGUGGAGGCAGCACUGAAGACUUUGUUACGCACAAGAGAAGGGGGUAUAGGCAGCCAAGAUUCUCAGGAGCCAACUUCCUCGCCUCUUCUGUCUCCUUUCUUUCUUUCCAUCUCAUGCUGUGUAAAGCUGCUGUGUAAUUUAACUUGUAAAUAAUAAAGCUAAAGUGAAUAUA